AUGCUACGACUGCUGAAAUGCAUUCUUCUACUCUCGGUGGCGUGGCGGCGACCAUGUGCGGCGGCUGAACUGUGGCGACCACAGCCGCAGCCACCGACACCCCUCGCUCGCAACCACAACGGCGACUCUGACCCAGGGGGGCAGGACCGCAUUUUCCCCAACAGCAGCAGCGCUCCACGACAGACAGUGGUGCUGCCAGGAACGGUCGUUCAUGCUCGUGGUGGAGGCAUCAACGUUGCUUUUACUAGGGGCAGCAGGAACAAGUGGCAGGAUGGAGUGAAUCGGAGGGCUAUCCCGACUCCAGAGGCGCUCAGCAGAUAUCCGAACUUUAAGAGCCCCGGCGGCCUCGUGCGCUUCUUGGACUACGUGGGAACGGUUUCUUUCGCGAUGAGCGGAGCAGCCACGGCGGGCAUGCGGGGGAUGAACCUCCUGGGGUGCAUUUUCGUGGGGGUGUUGGCGGCGACAGGCGGGGGCACUGUGCGGGACCUGCUGCUCGGCCAGACUCCGGUGUUUUGGCUCGUUGAGGUUGGGGUUCGCGGGGCAUGGAUAGUGCUGUUCUUUUGCGGCGCGGGUGACUUGGUCGGUCGGUCGCUUUGCCCUACUUCGCCGUGUGCAUUUCUUCGAUUCCUUGCUUGCUUGGACGCCUGGGUAGAAUUGGCUCUGCGGAGAUUUUGCUCGGUGGAUGGCGGGGUCGGUUGCCUGCCGUCGCUGGCACUUCUUUUUCUCAUUGGACGCAUAUGGCGGUGCUUGCUCAUGUUUGUUCUGCGGCACAGCAGCGUCGUGUGGCCGGUAGCAGUUCUUCUCAGCUGGACACCCCUCCUUCUCCCGCUUUCACAGGUCGAGUACGUGACGAUAUGCGUGGUAACAGCGGUUGUGACGUUUGUGCUGUGGCCGGUGCUGUCUCGAGUGUCCGUCCUAUCGCACAUGGGCACCGGCUUGGACGGCUGGCUCUCCCAGGCAAUAGACACGGUCGGGCUGGCUUCCUUCGCGGUGGCGGCGACCCAGAACGGCAUCCGAAGGAAGUGUCACCCGGGCACUACGAUCGUCAUCUGCUGUAUCACGUGCUCCGGCGGAGGAAUCCUGCGAGAUGUCCUGACCUCGUCGCCGGUCAUGGCGCUCUCGUCACACGCCCAGAUGUACGUCAGCACGGCCGCCAUUGGUUCGGGGGCGUACCUGCUCGCUAGGAGAUAUUCGAAAGACCCUCUCUUCCGAAUCUGCGUGGGAUUCUUCACUGUGAUCAUCUUGCGCCUGCUGGCGUGUCUGUACGACCUCCGCCUCCCUCGAAUGGUGUAGUACCCUCGAAUGGUGUAGUCUUUUUGUUUUCAUGCCCGCUUGCUUUCCAGAAUUUAUUGUGUGCAUGGGCGUGUUUUGUUUCCGUUGGUGGCAUCGACCGCGCUACAUAGCUGGCUGGCGAACGAAAAAGGCGCCAGUCUCAGCACGGGUGUGUGUUUUUUUUUGUGUAUUUUCGUCCUUUUUAUUAUGGCGACAGUCCCCCCAUUUUUCGUGGUGAGACGUGUUCUACACUUUUCAGUGUAUUCUUUCGUACAACUACAACCAUCCAGGGUCACACAGCAGGGGGUAAGCACCAGGCCUUUUUUCUUCUACUUUAUUUCUUUUCAUGCCCCCCCCUGCCUCCUGCGGUGCGUGCUGAAUUUUUAUUUUUAUCACGAGAAGGGUCCAGCUGUCCCUUUCCCUCGUCAACGGUGCUAACGUCGAAGUUUGGUACUCACGAGAGCUUUUUAGCUAUACUUCGCUUUCACCCGCAAAUUUCGUUAAUUUUUCACCCCAUGGGGAUUCGAACUCACGACCUCUGCGACUAGCGGAUAACGAGGAUACCACUAGACCACCGGGGCGACCGAGUAGGGCACGGGUACAACGUAUGUAUGGGUGGGGUGUGCGUGUGCGUGGUUGUUUGUGCUUUCGUCAAGCAGCAUCAAUUAGAGGCAAACCUGUCUUUUCAUCGGUUGAAAAAAACGCAACACGCUUUUUAUUUUUCCCCCGGGCCAGCCCCGACAGAAGAGGCAGAGAACGGGGCUCCGUCCGUGUGUUUACGCAUGUGUGCGUCUUCUCUGUGUCGGAAGCCGUUUGCAGCGGCGACUCGGUAACGAAGUGGGGUGCGCGAAGGAGAGCACCUUGGUGUUUGGGCAGCAACGCAUGCCUUCGAGUCUAUUGGCUGUUAUCUGCAGCUCCUCCGGUAUGGGGUGCGUGAAUCUUUGUUCGUCCAGAUAUUGUGUACUUGUGGUGCGAAAGGGGGGGGGGUGUAGGCAUAUGUGGACUUCCGGUUUAAUAGAGGCAUUCGAUGCUGGGCUGCUGUUUUUUUGUCCUUGUGUUGCCUGCCUGCGUCAUCAUGGCUGCCAAGGAACAUCAUAAACCGGUUCCUCCGGGUUCGCUCGCAAGCGUCCUCCCGCUUGUGAUUGAUGCCUGUUGUUCCUCAUCAGAGUCUAGGUUGCGGUCCCUGUGCAUGGUAUGAUUUGCCGUUAUUUGGUCCGUUACGUGUCCUGUGGAAAUAUUUCUUGUUUUUUUCAUGUGUGGCAGAGUACGCACACACAUGUCGUUGUUCUUGUACGGUUACCAUAGUUGUCGUAAAUUUUGUACGGUUGCCCAUAGUCGUCGUAAUCGUUGGUGUUACUGGUGUAGCGGUGGGUGGGUGGUUCACGCGGGUGUUUCGUUUGUUGCUUGGAUGUGUCGUGUCUUUGGCCAACUUGUUGACCCCGCCGUGCACAGAAUGCCCGACGAGCUGGCAAGCGACGGUGCGGGCUGCUGGUGCUGAACGAAGCAUGGCGUGCCGUGGUCCGCGAACAGUAGUCGAGACGUAUACAACUACCACCCCGAAUGAGGACGCUUUGAUGAUUGCUACUACUGCACUCGAUGGACAAUCGUGGAGUUCGAGCACGUGUUGACCCUGUAGGUUCGGCGCUGAACCUUGGACCAGUGUAUCUCCAUCAUGCUUGCGUGUGCUUCUUCGUUCGUGUUUUUUUUUUUAGUUCUGCA